GUGCAGUACAGGUUCUAGAGCCCAACAGUGAUCUCAUUAUCAGACGGGUUCUGGAACUGCCAGAUAAAGCACACGUUCUAGAGAAGAUGUAGGAGGGCAAAGGAGAAAGCCCUGUAGCACCUCGGAGGGAAGUUUCUUCCACUGUCUCCAGGCUUACAGACAUGGAUGACACCUCCACUUCAGUGGGGUACUCCCACCCCCACAUGGAGAGGAAGAUGAGCGCGAUGGCUUGCACGGUCUUCAAUGAGCUUCGACUAGAAGGGAAACUCUGUGACGUAGUCAUCAAAGUCAAUGGUUUUGAGUUCAAUGCUCACAAGAACAUCCUAUGUAGCUGCAGUUCGUAUUUUAGGGCUUUGUUUACCAGUGGCUGGAACAACACAGAGAAGCGAGUGUACAACAUUCCUGGCAUUUCACCUGAUAUGAUGAAGCUAAUUAUCGAGUAUGCCUACACUAGGACAGUUCCAGUCACUGCUGACAAUGUGGAGAGGUUGCUUGCUGCAGCUGACCAGUUCAACAUCAUGGGCAUUGUCAGGGGGUGCUGUGAAUUCUUAAAAUCUCAGCUGUGCUUGGAAAAUUGCAUUGGCAUCUGCAAGUUCACAGAGUACUACCACUGUCCUGACCUGCGGCAAACUGCCUACAUGUUCAUCCUGCACAACUUUGAGGAGAUGGUAAAGGUGUCUAAUGAGUUUCUAGAGCUCUCGGUCAAUGAGUUUAAAGACAUCAUUGAGAAGGAUGAACUCAAUGUGAAACAGGAAGAUGCAGUGUUUGAGGCCAUUCUGAAAUGGAUUUCCCAUGAUCCUCAAAAUAGGAAGCAGUACAUUUCAGUCUUGCUACCAAAGGUUCGCCUGGCAUUGAUGCACGCUGAGUAUUUCAUGAAUAACGUUAAAAUGCAUGAUUAUGUGAAGGACAGUGAGGAAUGCAAGCCUGUCAUCAUAAAUGCGCUAAAAGCCAUGUAUGACCUCAACAUGAAUGGCCCUUCUAGUUCUGAUUUCACCAACCCACUUACUAGGCCUCGCCUGCCUUAUGCAAUUUUGUUUGCUAUUGGUGGCUGGAGUGGGGGAAGCCCAACCAAUGCCAUUGAAACAUACGAUGCCCGCGCGGACAGAUGGGUGAAUGUCACAUGUCAGCAAGAAAGCCCCCGAGCAUACCAUGGCGCUGCUUAUUUAAAAGGGUAUGUCUAUAUCAUUGGAGGAUUUGAUAGUGUGGAUUAUUUUAACAGCGUCAAACGGUUUGACCCGCUUAAGAAAACGUGGCAUCAGGUUGCUCCCAUGCACUCAAGACGUUGCUACGUCAGCGUCACUGUCCUCAACAACUUCAUCUAUGCCAUGGGAGGGUUCGACGGCUACGUGCGUCUCAACACAGCAGAACGGUAUGAACCAGAGACAAACCAGUGGACGUUGAUUGCACCCAUGCAUGAACAGAGAAGUGACGCUAGUGCGACCACGCUGUAUGGAAAGGUAUACAUAUGUGGUGGGUUCAAUGGCAAUGAAUGCCUAUUUACAGCUGAAGCGUACGAUGCUAAGACAAAUCAGUGGACUCUCAUAGCACCAAUGAGAAGCCGAAGAAGUGGAAUAGGAGUGAUUGCUUAUGGAGAACAUGUGUAUGCGGUAGGUGGCUUUGAUGGAGCCAACCGUCUUCGGAGUGCAGAAGCCUACAAUCCAAUUGCUAACACAUGGCGUACAAUUCCCACCAUGUUUAAUCCCCGUAGUAACUUUGGCAUUGAGGUGGUGGAUGACCUUCUGUUUGUGGUUGGUGGCUUUAAUGGUUUCACUACCACAUUCAAUGUCGAAUGCUAUGAUGAAAAGACUGAUGAGUGGUAUGAUGCCCAUGACAUGAGUAUAUACCGUAGUGCUUUGAGCUGCUGCGUGGUGCCAGGAUUGCCUAAUGUUGGGGAGUAUGCUGCCAGAAGAGAAAAUUAUGCAGGAUCAUCACGAGACGAAGUUAAAUACUCUUCUUCGACAAGUACCCUACCAGUAUAAAUAACUCCACUUAGAGAAUAAAGCCUUCUAAGCACGAAGUGUAUGUAUCUACUUAUUUUAAAAUAAAAGUAACGGGAUACAGGGUUCACAGAAAUAGUGAUGAAAAAGUGUUUCAUUCUAUGAACCCAAAAGGUCUAAUUUACAAACACAGGCUACAGCCUUAAAUAUCACUGUUAGAAAAAAAAACGAGAUACAAAACAGUGAUAAAGAAAUAAAAGGUUUAUUUUGUACUUUAUUCCAACAAAACAUUAGUACAGUAUAUUUAGCAUGAACUUUAUUACAAGGUCUUUUGUUUCAAACAGUCUUAUACAAACACUACUUUACGUUACUGGGAUGGAUGUCAUUCUUCCCAGUACAGGAGGUACUGCUUAUUCAAGCAACUAGCUGAAACCUCCAGCAAGACUGAGAGAAAAGUACAGCUGCCUGUAAGUCUUGUGAUCCACAGUGACAUGGACCCACUAAGGAAUCUGACUGUUAACCAUCUUCAAACAUCUAGCAAUUUCUACCAUUUAAAUUCAUAUUACAGAUAAGAUUACAUUCUCAGGAGUGCCUGUAUUAAAAGACUUCCACAAACUCAUAACAUUUGAAAAAUGACUGUGUUCUAGCAUAUUGAAGGCGCCUGAAAAUAAAACUAAGUCACACAAUGUUCAUUUUAACUGGGUCCUUCGCAAAUCAUUCUGAUGCUAGAGGAUGUUACUACAGUUUCUAGUUAAAAGGUUCUUAGAUUUUGUUAAUCUGCAAUCUUGGCUCAAACACAGACUGACACAAUCAUGGUUCCCGUUUGUCAUUCACUGUAAUGGAAAAAAAUGAAAUGGGGAUA